GCUUGCUUCUUGCCCUAAAUCUCUUUUUUUUCCCCUACUUUCUCAAGUUUCAAAUGGACUAACAAUAAUAAUGAUUAUUAUUUUUAUAUGAAUUCAGUUGAUGUCAACUGAAAAUUCAGCUGCACAGUUCCUUGAUCCAGCAACUUUGGAACUGUUUGAAAUUGGUCGCCCCGCUGAAUUCUAUGUUAAUAGAUGAAAUUAGGGGUUUUUUUGGUGAUUUUGAUUGAGAAUUAAGUUUUGGAUGGUGAGGAACUUGGGAAUUUCGGAACUGAAAUGCCGGGUGAUCGGCAUUUUACUCGUGUAGAUACUUUAGAGUUGAAAUCUCGGAUCGAAAGGAAGAUUGGUCGUGUAAAUGCCGAGAAAUAUUUCCAUCUGGUUGCUAGAUUUUUGAGUCUUAAGAUCGGAAAACCCGAGUUUGAUAAGCUCUGCAUUGAUACAAUAGGGCGAGAGAAUGUUUAUCUUCAUAACCGUCUCCUUAGAUCAAUUAUUCGAAAUGCUUUGUUUUCGAAGAAUCCUGCAUUGAAAUUGGAAGGUUCUUUAAGUGUUGAAUUGCCAAAUGGGUAUCGGAGAAGUAAUCUUCAGUCGUUGUGCAAAGACAUUCCUCAAUCCCCUCGUAAAGGUCGGACCCCGAAUCUUCGAGACCAUAAGUUGAGGGACCAGUUGAGUCCUUUAGGGCCUCAUGGGAAAAACCCUAAAGUUCAACAACAGCAGAGUGCGACUGAAUUGCUUUCGUUGGGUAGCAGACCGCCCGGUUCUGUGGAGGACGGAGAAGAAGUUAAUCAAGCUGAAGGGAGUCCGAGCAUUCACAGUAGGAGUCCUGUUAGAGCCCCACUCGGCAUCUCUUUCAACGCUAAAGAAACACGGAAAGUUCCUCGGAGCCGAUUGGAAUCUGUUCCUGAGACUUGUCAUUAUAGAGGUGAACUGCCCGAUACCAGUUCAUUGAAAAAGAGGUUGGAACGGAAGUUGGAGAUGGAGGGAUUAAGCAUUUCAGUAGAUUCCGCUGAUGUGUUAAACAAUUGUCUCGAUGUUUUCUUGAAGAGAUUGAUAAAACCGUGCUUGGAACUUUCUAGUUCUAGAUCCGGACAGAAACUUAUAGAACCAGGUCAUAAUUGGUGGAUGUCCUCUUUGAACAGGAUGCAACCCGUGAAAUUUGGCCUAAAACAAAGUCGGCACAUUUCAGCAUCAAUGUUAGACUUUCAAGUCGCAAUGGAGCUAAAUCCCUUGAUUCUUGGAGCAGACUGGCCAACACAACUCGAGAAGGUCUGCUUGCUUGCCCUAGAAAGUGAACGGUAUUUUGCCCGAUUAUUUGGGUCAGAAGCAGGUUCCAUCCCGAGCAAUUUUGAAGUAUUUCGAUUAUGAAGUCCAUUCUAACAUGGAUCUUGGUCAUACUAUUAACAGAUGAAGUAAAUAAUAAAGGCUACAAGAGCUUCGAGUCAAUCUGAUUUAGAUUGUAUAUAGGUCAUCACUCUGAUCGAUCCUGGAGUAGUGACAUUUUAACAUGGUGAGGCUCAACUACAUUGAAUCUACUUGUUUCGAAUAGGUUAGCAACUAUCUCACUUUGGUAUCUAUAGUUUUCGAUUUGCUUUGUCGAACACUUAUUUUUAAAUAAUGAAUUUCAUCUUCGAGUUUUCAGGCCUGCAAUUGUUCAACUUGUCGUUUGAGCUUUAAUCAUUUACAGUAUAAUUUUUCCUCUGCUUGUUUUAUAUCGAUUUAUCCUUCUGCUUGUUGUAUCGGAUCAUUAAAUUGCAAUAAUGGUUCUUUUGAAGGGAA